CUUCCAGUAAAGCUAAUAAUAUUUCUGCUGCUUAUAAUUGCUGUAAAAUGUCAAGAGAAGGACAUUUCCGAAGAAGAGUCCUUAGAAGCUCAGUUGGAGAACAACAAGCUCCUCCUUUCGAAGAUACGAGACAAAUUGAACAGCUUUCAUAAUGACCGACACAAAUUUAAGCGAUCAGUCGCGAAAAAUCGACACGCUAGAGGAACUUUUCUCAGAAUGGACCCGAAUCGCAGGACGUUUUCUUCCCAAGUGUUGGCGAAGAAGAUGGCCGAGGAGUCUCUGAGGUCCCCGAAGAUGCAGGAGACCUUGAAGCGGCUGACCGAGGUCAGGUCUGCUGAAGGACACCGCAAAGUUAAGAAAAGCGUUCCGGCGCAUUCUCAACAGCACAAAAAUUUAAAGAAGAAAUCGCACAAGCCUCUUGCGAAGAAGAACAAAGCCAGACGCUCCCACAAGCUGAAGAAGCCAGGCCACAAGCGCUCAAAAGGAAGUUCCAAAUUCAAGCACUCUGGAUCAAUCGUAAGCAAAGUCAAGGAUAGGAGAGACAUUGAUAAAUUAAAAUUACCUGAUAAGAGUGUAAAAUCUUCUAGGGGCCUGCUAAAGCUGGACGUAAGGCGCAGCGACGUGGACUGCACCGUAGAUAGGACCAGGAUCUUCAAUCCCUCGCUAGUUGCUGAGCAAUCUUCAAACGCACUUUCUAGACACACUCGACAUACUUUCCCUCUUUUGGAUAAAUUAUACAACAGGCAGUUCAAUGAUUUACUCCGCCAAAAUCUUGUAGGGACGACCGAUAGUUAUCUGAGCCCUUACUUGGGCCCAAGAGACAAAAUUUACUACAGGUCUCGGCAGACAAUCAACAAGGAUCCCAUCGAACUCAAUUCGGUCGAUUUGUUUGAUAGUAAUUAUAAUAGUGAGCUUUUGAAAAAUUGGGAUGACUUUCCUUUUCUUCUCGGGAAGAAAUCCGUGUCGGAAGAAAUUCAAAAUUCGACUGCUAAAAGUGUCGAGAAGGGAAAUAAACACGUAGUUAAAGCUACAGUUGAGAAAAGUAGCAAUGGAAAUCCGACUUGUGAGACUAAAGAGGUAGCUAGGGAAAUUUUGAACAGGAUUAUUGAAGAAUUGGAGGAGCUCAAAAUUGAUCGAAAUAAAAGUUUAUAUGGAGAAGGUUCACCUUGUAACGUUUCGGGAAACUGGAUCUCGGUGCAAGCAGGAGUCCAGCUAGAGAUAACAACAGUAAAUCGCCAUAAGCUGAACGUUAAAAUAAAAAAGCAGAACUUUAUCAAGACAAUUAACCACCGAGGGUUCUUAAAUGAGACAUGGAAUGUCACUGGGCAGAGCUUUUUUGGGUUUGACGCUCCAUUCUCGCUGACAGCUAUCAAUUGUCGCACUAAAUCUUUGGCUUCUUUCAUCGGUAAUUAA